AUGUACUAUAUUUCUACACUGGUUCUGUUUCGACAGGAUUUAGAAGAUAGUAUCCGUAUUAAAAAUAAGAUGCUCGAUGAUCAAAAUUCAACAAUACAGCAGCUAAAACAAGCAAAACUGAAUUUAGAAGAGGAACUAGCCGAUGUUAUCCAAAAAGCUUCGGAAGUCGAAAAAGAGCUUACUUCACAUAUGAAUAGAGACGAUAUUUAUCAAGAAGAAAUAGAAGCGGGGCGUGACAAAAUUGCAGAAUUGGAAAACCAAUUGGAAGAUUACAAGUAUAAAUUCAAGACAUGUAGGGAUAAAAACGGUGAACUACAAACCAGAAUUGAUGAGCUGCUCAAAGUAGGAGAGGAAGCUAAGGAAAGAAUACAGAAAGCGGCUGAUAAGAUGAAACAGAUGGAAAUAGAGAAAAGUCAAGCCAUAAAAGAAAGCCAGAGAUCUACACAAUUGCAAACUAAAUUGGAUUCAGAAUUUCGAAAGCAAUUGCAUUCGCAAAGUCAAUGUUAUGAAGAGCAACUGGAAGUGCUGCGUCACGAAAGAGAUGUGUACAUAGCAAACGCCAAUAGAAAGGUAGAGGAAGUAGAGAACGAAAUGCGUGCUUUGUUACAGGAACGGAUAACAAUAAAUCAGAAAUACAGCGAAAUAGAAGAUCAGUUGACAAAGAUGACUACUGCCUUUGUAGAUUUAAAGAAUCUGGCGAAGACAUGA